GGAUAGCUCUGCCGCGGCUCUGACAUCCACAUGCUGCUCGGCCUGAAAAGGCAGGGGGGAGCCGAGGGGAGGCAGAGAACGCGAGCGAGGCCCCAGCCGGCAGCCCGCCCCCAGCACAUCCUCAGACGUGCAGACACUCGGCCGGGCGCUGGGUGAGGUGGAGGUGAGAGCGGGCGCGAGCGAACUCGGAGAGGGGCUCGCACACUCCCAGGCGAUCCCAGCCGCCGCCGCCGCACCAGCGCAGCAGCAGCCGCCGCCGCAGCCGCAGCUUCCUUCCUCAGACUCCCCUCGAGAGGCUGGCCAAGCGGGUGUAGCCGUUGGGGGAGGCUCCCGCUAGGGGAACCCGGAGAGGACGAGAGCCGGGCGGCUGCCUCCCAUUCCGGCUGUCCGGCGGUCGGUGUCUCGGCCCGCGUGUCCGUCCCGGGUGCACGGCGACGUGUGUCAGUUUACGCCUCUGAGAUCACACAGCUGCCUGGGGCUGUGUGAUGCCCAAGGCAAGUCUUGGCUUUUCUUUUCUUUUCUUUUUUAUUUACGCUCGGCUUUCGGGAAAUAUUCGUGAUGUUGUAGGAUAAAGGAAAUGACACUUUGAGGAACUGGAGAGAACAUAGAUGCGUUUUGUUUUUGAGAGGAGACCGGUCCCCUCUUCCCGGCUUGCUCCCUCUUUCCAGAUUAUAGGAGCUACCCUCCUCCUGGUGAGGUGGGGAUUCCAACAAGAAUAAAGGUGAAGACGGGCCGCCAGGACCCCGGAGGGCAACACUGACCAUUAGAAACCUUUUCAGAAGACGUUGUAAGGAAGAAGAUAAGAGAGAGGAAAAAAAACACAAAGACUUAUAAUUAUACAAGAAACCUACAAACCCAGCUCUGGAGAAAGCCGCCUUCUCUAAAAUGGAUAUGUUUCCCCUCACCUGGGUUCUCUUAGCUCUACACUUUUCAGCCCAGGAAGUGAGAGGCCAACCAGACCAACCCUGUGGAGGUCGUUUGAAUUCCAAAGAUGCUGGCUACAUCACCUCUCCCGGUUACCCCCAGGAUUACCCCUCCCACCAGAACUGCGAGUGGAUUGUUUACGCCCCUGAACCCAACCAGAAGAUUGUGCUCAACUUCAACCCCCACUUCGAGAUUGAGAAGCAUGACUGCAAGUAUGACUUCAUUGAGAUUCGGGAUGGGGACAGUGAAUCUGCUGACCUGCUGGGCAAGCACUGUGGGAACAUCGCCCCGCCCACCAUCAUCUCCUCAGGCUCCAUGCUCUACAUCAAGUUCACCUCUGACUACGCCCGACAGGGGGCAGGCUUCUCUCUGCGCUAUGAGAUCUUCAAGACAGGCUCUGAAGAUUGUUCAAAAAACUUCACAAGCCCCAAUGGGACCAUCGAAUCCCCUGGGUUUCCUGAGAAGUACCCACACAACUUGGACUGUACCUUCACCAUCCUGGCCAAACCCAAGAUGGAGAUCAUCCUGCAGUUCCUAACCUUUGACCUGGAGCACGACCCUUUGCAGGUGGGAGAGGGAGACUGCAAAUAUGACUGGCUGGACAUCUGGGAUGGCAUUCCGCAUGUUGGCCCCCUCAUUGGCAAGUACUGUGGGACCAAAACACCCUCUGAACUCCGUUCAUCAACUGGGAUUCUCUCCCUGACCUUUCACACGGACAUGGCCGUGGCUAAGGAUGGCUUCUCCGCGCGUUACUACCUGGUCCACCAGGAGCCACUAGAGACCUUUCAGUGCAAUGCCCCCUUGGGAAUGGAGUCUGGCAGGAUUGCCAAUGAGCAGAUCAGUGCCUCAUCUACCUACUCUGAUGGGAGGUGGACCCCUCAACAGAGCCGACUCCAUGGUGAUGACAAUGGCUGGACCCCCAAUUUGGAUUCCAGCAAGGAGUAUCUCCAGGUGGACCUGCGCUUUCUAACCAUGCUCACGGCCAUUGCAACGCAGGGAGCAAUUUCCAGAGAAACCCAAAACGGCUACUAUGUCAAAACCUACAAGCUGGAAGUCAGCACUAAUGGUGAAGACUGGAUGGUGUACCGGCAUGGCAAAAACCAUAAGGUAUUUCAAGCCAACAACGAUGCAACUGAGGUGGUUCUAAACAAGCUCCACACCCCUCUGCUGACAAGGUUCGUCAGGAUCCGUCCUCAGACCUGGCACUCAGGCAUCGCCCUCCGGCUGGAGCUCUUUGGCUGCCGGGUCACAGAUGCUCCCUGCUCCAACAUGCUGGGGAUGCUCUCAGGCCUCAUCGCAGAUUCCCAGAUCUCUGCCUCCUCCACCCGCGAGUACCUCUGGAGCCCUAGUACAGCCCGCUUGGUCAGCAGCCGCUCGGGCUGGUUCCCUCGGAUCCCUCAGGCCCAGCCAGGUGAGGAGUGGCUCCAGGUGGACCUGGGAGCACCCAAGACUGUAAAAGGUGUCAUCAUCCAGGGAGCCCGUGGAGGAGACAGCAUCACUGCAGUGGAAGCCAGGGCAUUUGUACGCAAGUUCAAAGUCUCCUACAGCCUAAAUGGCAAGGACUGGGAAUACAUCCAGGACCCUAGGACCCAGCAGCCAAAGCUGUUUGAAGGGAACAUGCACUACGACACCCCCGACAUCCGAAGGUUCGACCCUGUUCCCGCGCAGUACGUGCGAGUGUACCCAGAGAGGUGGUCACCAGCGGGUAUCGGGAUGCGGCUGGAGGUGCUGGGCUGUGACUGGACAGACUCCAAGCCCACAGUGGAAACACUGGGACCCACUGUGAAGAGCGAAGAGACCACUACUCCAUAUCCUAUCGAUGAGGAAGCCACAGAAUGUGGGGAAAACUGCAGCUUCGAGGACGACAAAGAUUUGCAGCUCCCUUCAGGAUUCAACUGCAACUUUGACUUCCCUGAAGAGCCCUGCGGUUGGAUGUAUGACCAUGCCAAGUGGCUCAGGAGCACCUGGACCAGCAGCUCCAGCCCGAAUGACCAGACCUUUCCAGACGACAGGAAUUUCUUGCGACUGCAGAGCGAUGGCCGGCGAGAGGGCCAGUAUGCAAGGCUCAUUAGCCCUCCUGUCCACCUGCCCGGAAGCCCCGUGUGUAUGGAGUUCCAGUACCAAGCCACAGGCGGCCGCGGGGUGGCGCUGCAGGUCGUGCGGGAAGCCAGCCAGGAGAGCAAACUCCUCUGGGUCAUCCGCGAGGACCAGGGCGGCGAGUGGAAGCUGGGGAGGAUCAUCCUGCCCAGCUACGACAUGGAAUACCAGAUUGUGUUUGAAGGAGUGAUAGGGAAAGGACGUACAGGAGAGAUUGCCAUUGACGACAUUCGGAUAAGCACUGAUGUCCCGCUGGAGAAUUGCAUGGAACCCAUCUCAGCUUUUGCAGGUGAGAAUUUUAAAGGGGGCACCCUCCUGCCAGGGACCGAGCCCACAGUGGACACGGUGCCCGUGCAGCCCAUCCCAGCCUACUGGUAUUACGUAAUGGCCGCCGGGGGCGCCGUGCUGGUGCUGGUCUCCGUCGCCCUGGCCCUGGUGCUCCACUACCACCGGUUCCGCUAUGCGGCCAAGAAGACUGAUCACUCCAUCACCUACAAAACCUCCCACUACACCAACGGGGCCCCUCUGGCAGUGGAGCCCACCCUAACCAUUAAGCUAGAGCAAGACCGCGGCUCGCACUGCUGAGGCCGAAGCAAGGACAGCGCCCAAACAAGAAAGACUGCAAACACGUUGCCUCGAUUUUGCACUUUUUCUUCCUGCCUAGUCUCUGUGUGAACUCUCAGACAUCUCUCUCCCGGGUCCCCAACCCUGAACGCUCUUAUCGAUCCCAACCAUUCUCCUUGGGUUUUGUUUUGUUUUGUUUCUCUUUUUCAUUCGUCUUUUUUUUUUUUUUUCUUUUUGUUGUUGUCGUUGAUUCCAAACCAACAAAACCCAACUCUAAUGCUGCAUCUUGGAAUAUGAGAAGAGAUCCACCCCUAAGUACUUCACAACUCAAGGCUCAGCUGGUUUGUUCCAGAGACGGGUUCUCUUGUUUUUUUUCCCCCUUGCCUUAUCCCAUAUCUCCUCUGGUGGGCAGGCUGCCAGGAGACUUGGGGGGACCUGGAUCUGUGUGUAUGUACAUAAUAUACAUUUGUGCGUGUGAAUACCUCCCUGAGUGUGGAUGUGUGAGAGAGGCUGGUUCAUUGUGUGUGUGUGGGGGGGGGAGUGUGUGGGUGUGUUCAGAAAGGGCCCUUUAACUCUUGUGUUACUUCUCCUGGGGUACAUUUUACAAAAAAAAUAAUAAUAUACUGUAUAAGUUUUGUUUACUUGGAGAAGAGAUUGAAGCUUUUUGUUGCCUUAUCUAGCUCUGGCUGGGUUUCUGUUGGCUGUCAUUGUCAUCUCCAGGUACCUAGAAAAACAGAGGCCACAUGGACUGCAGUGUGGCCCCUCCCAUUCCUAUUCCCUUCCCAGUCCACCUGACCCAAGAGGAAGGUUCCCCCAGUGCACUCAGGCAUGACCUCCCUGUCAUGCUGCCCUGUGUCUUUGAAGUAAUGAGAUAACAGCCAUUGGGUGUGUAUGGAACCACCUCUGCUUCCAGCCCUGAAGCAAAUCUGUCUCAUGUUGCCUUAUAAAAGAGAAGUUCAUAAUGAAUGUUUAGCUUUUAUUGGUUCAGUCCAAUCUUGGAAUAAGUCAUAGAGAAUAACAAACCUGGAACUGAUAUAGGAAAAGCAGUAGUCCGUUAAAGUCAGAAGCAGGAGGAGGUGAACGAAAGAAGGAGAGAGAAAGAAGAAUUAAAAUACCUUUGCGAAGUCUCCUCAUCUGCGAGGGUCUUUGGGCCCAACUUGGCAUGGGAUUGAGUAAGCAGGUUGAAAACCAUAUCCUUUGGUAUUAUAUUGGUCAUUGUAAUAGCAUUUGUAAAAUACGGGGAUAAAAGGGAUCAUUUGCUUUCCUUUCAUGGUGUCAAUGUGUGCCUGAAUCUAUAGCCACUAAAAUAUAAGGUUGUCCGCCUGAUUUAUUUAAAUAUAAGAGAAUAGAAAGUAAUUAUUUUUUAAAAUAGGACAAUAUGCUGCCCCUUAAAGCAUUCACGGCAUCUGGUAAAUCCACCUCGUAGGCUAGCCUGGCAUAUGCAGAUGUUGCUGCACCAUCAGAGAGAGUAAUAAUGAAGGUAAAUCCAUCGCCGACCAUUUGUUCUCUCUAAGCAGUGCGGAGAGAGGGAUGGUAGAGAGAAACUGCCAGAUGAUACUGAACACAAGAUGGAUUAAAUAAUGAAGUCAGUAUCAUUGAUAGAAAUGCAUAAAUUCAGAUUCUUAGUGUACUAGGGCUUAGCCUUGGAGGUGUUCAUUGUUGGUUUUUUUUGUUUUUUUCUUUUGUUUCUUUUUUUUUAAAUUUUUAACCUUUCUGCCAGGAAUCCACUAGGAAGUAUAAAAUUUUCUCCAAGGAUUGUUGUCUGGGUUGAAAACCUCCAGGUACCUCCCAGGAACAAAAUGUUAACUUUUUAAAAAAAAUUUGGUGGGGAGGUUCUGCUUGGGAGAGAGACUUUUAGCAUUCUUUCAGAUGAUCCAGUUAGGUCCCUCCAAUACACACUUGACUUUUGCAUCUGGAUUGUUUCAUCCUCCUGAAAGAAAGGUGCUCUCCCACUCUCGUUCUCUUUCAAAGAGUUACUCUGUCUCAACCACAGCAGCCCUGCCAAGAAAGGAAAAGAUGAAAGGCUAGAUAGAGCAUCAGCUAUCCUGAGAUUUCAUGAAGGGUCCUACUCCAGCUGAAGGUGGAGAAAGAAGGGGAGGGGGUGCAGAGAGUGAUAGUCCAGGAUACCAUGUGACCACUCACAUGCCGGUCACUAAGGGCUUCUUAUCCUGGCUCUCCACAUCCAGUCAUGCAUUUAGGGGCAGCCGUUUCCUCAUAAUGAUUGACAUUCUUGUAAGCACCCUAUGGAGGCAUGGCAUCGGGAAAUUACACCUGGAAAAUCCAGCCUAUGUAGCAACUGGCUGAGUUACCAUACCCCUGAGGAUUCUCCUUCUCUGAAAGAUGACAACUUUGUGAACUUGCUAUAUCUUUAUCUGCUACCUCCUAUGGCAUCAUAGUUAUGUAUUAGGUCGUCAGAAAAGUCAUGAUGCAUUUUUGCAUACAAUCUCAUGACUUUUUGACCCCCACAAUACAUGCCAUAGUUGAGAAUAUGAGACUGCUCAGAUAUUCGGGAAUCCCAUGAAACACUUCAGCUGGGGGGGAGGGUCACAUUUUCUCUCGCUCUCUCCAUCUCACCUCCCCUCCUGCUCUCUCUGCCCCAGCAACUUUUAUAGUAUUUAUCCAGGUACUAUGCUAAAAGGGCAGCUCUUCUGUAAAAUGCCAUGCCUUGAAGCUUUAAAAAAGCAAAAUUCUAUAUUUCAUAGAGGGAGGGAAGAGUCACUCUCUUCUAAGAAAAAUAGACUGGACAGGUGAAUGCAUGCAUGCAUGUGUUUAGAGUUGCUUCUCAGAAGACAAGGAGGUGAUAGCAGCUAUUAAAAUAUAAAUGAAUGAAUGAGCUGAAGGCCUACCUGAGGCUAGUAAAGCAUUUGCCCUGGAAGAGGUUUUUAUGGCAACACCUCCAAAAGGUCAGCCAUAAUGUCUAGGUUGAAAAUCCUUUCCUUGGUAUUACGCUAACAAUGGCUAUCACCCAAUUCUUGACAAACAUAGAAAAAAAAAUCAUAGCAUUGCCAUUGACAAAGCAGAGUGCUAAAAAUAAAGUAAAAUAUCUUUCCCUUUAUCCCGCAUUUUGGGAGUAAAGCCAGAACGGAAUAGGAAAUCCAGUAAUAUUUUUGAGGUUGAUACUCCAUCUUUUAAAAAGUCCUGUCUUUAAAAUGAAACUAGCAGGCAAGUGAACACCUAAAUAAUCAAAAGUUAACCAAAGACCAACAACAGAACAAGAAAACCUAAAGAUUUUUACUUCCUAUUCUUAUCCCCCAUCCCUAUAACUGUGACACCCCUUGCAUUGCUCAGUUGCCUGUGUGUCAAAAUAACUUGUGGACCUUGGAAACUAUUUGAAAAUGUAUUGUGUGGAAUGUAAUAAAAUGAUAUUUUUAUACAAA